AUGGCUUUUGCGGCACCCAUGAUCGAACGUGGCCCUUCUCCUCUCGCAUCCAACAACCCUUUCCGCAACCGUGCUGCCGAUCGAGCCAUCAGCCCAGGUGUUGCACCUAGAACUACCGCUACAAACCCGUUUCUCGAUGUCAGCGAACUAGGGUCCGCAGAGGGAACGACCAAGACUGGCGCAACAGCUGGGAAUGCAAAAACUCCGUCUGCUGAACAAACGUCCGACAUAUUUCAACUGUUGAGUCUCGAUGACACUUCCAAGCCUGCGCAACAACCCCCGGUGAAUGGCGCUGCCCGGAGGGAGAAUGUUGCCCCCAGACCAUAUCCAACAAGAGGCACUUCAUCCCGCCAUAGACGGAGUAUGUCGGAAGAAGAGCGUCGACGUCAGCAGAGCAAGACACGAAACCCGCAGAAUGAACUCGACAUCUUUGCCGAUCCUCCGGGACCAAACCGACCUCGAAAUCUACGUGCGCCACGACGUAACUCGGAAUCUUCUGUACGCGAUAAACCGAAAGACCUGGACCUUGAAGCUGAAAGAAGGAGAAAGGAGAGGAAAGUGCGCGACGGAAAAGGCUCUCACCGUUCGAAGAAACCCAACGCUAAGUUGGACAUCAUUGACAAACUAGACGUCAGUAGCAUCUACGGGACUGGCUUGUUUCAUCACGAUGGUCCAUUCGAUGCGUGCAAUCCUCAUCGCAACCGCAAAGGCGCCAAACAGGCUCCCAUUCAAGCCUUCCCCAAAGACUCCGUCAACAUGCAACUUGGUGGCUCGGGUCCUCUUAAUGCCAAGUUGAACUAUGAUCAGUACAAUGGCACCGGACAAGAAGCACAUGUUGAUUACAAUGAAGCUGCUGUCGCCGAUGAGGACGCCGAAUAUCUGCGCCGGCCUCAAGUCGAGCGGAGUGCCAGCUUUAACCCUACCGCUCGUAUAGACCCCGUUCAUGGCGAGGAAACAUAUGGACUUGGUACAAGCACCUUCCUGGAAGGAGCCCCUGCGAGCCGAGCAGCAAUCCAGCGUCGAGAGAGCGAGAAUGAAGCGGCGCAGCAAGCCUACAAUGCAGGCGGACUAUCACGGAAGAAGAGUUUGGCACAGAGAAUCAAAGCUGUCCGUCCCAAAUACUCCGAAACAGGACGGAUGACCUCUCCCGAGCCGGUCGGUGCGACUGGCAGCCCACUUGGCACCGGCAGAUUUGAACAGCAGACUGGAAAUCCCUUCUUCCAAGACUACGACAAGGACUAUGAGAAGAAGGGCACACAGAUUGCAUUCGUCGAAGAACAACAAAAGACGGGCCGAGCUCGUGCCCCCAGCAGCCCGCGCUAUGGCCUAGGCCUCGAAAGAAAAAUGACUUCAGAAAGCGUGGGCGCCGAAGAACCCAAGUCAGUGAGCACCGGCGGCGGCUUUCUUAGUCGGGUCAAGAGCAUGAAAGGUGGCCGUAGCCGUACACGCGAACGCCGAGAUACCGGUACAUCAUAG